CACGCAAAAGACAGACCGGGGGAGCGCAAGAGUGUUGCAAGACGCUUUUGAAAACACAACCCGGCGUGGAAAUGUUGCUGAGCUGAUUUAGAGUCCACCUUGAGGUGCUGGCGAGCAGGUCAAACCUACUUUUUUUUUGGUGUCCAAAGCUGCAACAAAGAGAAAAGGAGACGUACUGUGUGUGUGUGUGUUUUCUUUUUUUGUACGCACUGACCACGCAGCAUGCCCGAGUUGGACUACCCUGCCUGAGCGCAACACGCACGCUGAGAGCCGGGAGGGAUAUUUACAAUAGAAACUCAAUUCCUUUUUUUUUUUUUUUCUCCCCGAGAAGAAGAAUAGCAGAGAGGAGGAGGAGGAGGAGUGAAAGAUAACACUGGAAUGAAGUGGACCUCGGGAUUCCUGGCGUGCUGCGGAGUUGUGACUGAUGGAUGAAUGUGGUCAUCUGUAGGCUAUAUACAGCGACAGGUACAGACACCACCGGGGGAGCUUUGACAAAAGACGCGGCGCUGCGCUUCAUCGACAGCCGCAUCGCCGGAUCUCCAAAUUUACACACACACAAAAAGAACUGUGGUUUAGAUCUGCUCCACCUCUUUCACAUCAGAUCAGAUCGUUGGGUUUUUUAUCCACAGAGUGAGAAAAAAAGGGGUCGUUUCUUUCUCUCUCUCUUUUUUGUGUGUGUGUGACUCAGCCACAGGUCAACCAGGACACUCGGGGCUCCUUUUUUUUUCCCUCAAGAGGGGCUUCAUCGCUCGUCCUGCGGACAGUUCAGUCAAGGACACGGGGUCUGGAGCAGAUUUUAAAGAAGUCGGGACAGAAGGACAUGUAUCUGAUAUCGACCUCACAUGCUCCCGACUGAUCGUAGCACACCUUCCCACCGGGCGAACCACAGAUAGAAGGCUGCCAGGCGCGCUGACCGUUCGCUCUGCUCACUGUCUUGUUUCAUUUACCAGAAUGGCGGGACUCGGUUGUUGGAAGUAUUACCUCUGGAUCUUUAUUUUAAUGUGCAGGUCGGCGUUACCUUCCGCAAAAUCGCUGGAGACUAUAAUUUGGAGCUCGCAGAAUCCCAAGUUUGUGGCUGGGAAAGGCUUGGUGAUCUACCCGGACAUCGGGGACAAGCUGGACAUCAUCUGUCCCAAAGCGGACCAAGGAAGAGAUUAUGAGUACUACAAACUGUACCUGGUGAAGAGGGAGCAGGCCGAGAGCUGCAGUACUGUCCUCGAUCCCAACGUCCUGGUCAACUGCAACAAGCCCGAGAAGGACAUCAAGUUCACCAUCAAAUUCCAGGAGUUCAGCCCCAACUACAUGGGCUUGGAGUUCAAGAGGAACGUCAACUACUACAUCACCUCAACCUCCAACGGCACAGUCGAAGGCCUGGAGAACCGGGAGGGGGGCGUGUGCAAGAGCCGAGCCAUGAAAGUCAUCAUGAAAGUCGGGCAAGUCCCAAACUCUGCGAACCCCGUGGCGCCGGAGACUCCAGAAGACAACGCCAUACCGGAGUCCAGUCCCAGUCCGCCCGACCAGGGUCGGAUUGGACCCGAGAUUCCAGGAAACCCUGACCCCAUGAAUCAAGACCAGUCGGGGUCCUCGGCAAACUCGGACGGCAUCCUGGGCUCCAAAGUGGCCGUGUUCUCCGCCAUCGGGGCCGGCUGCAUCAUCUUCCUCCUGCUCAUCCUCCUCCUCGUCAUCCUGCUCAUCAAGAUGCGCAAGCGUGCCAGGAAAAACGCCCACUCGCAGCCCCGCCCCUCGGCGCUGUCGCUCAGCACCCUGUCCAAUCCCAAGCUGCCGGGCGGCACGGCUGGCACGGAGCCCAGCGACAUCAUCAUUCCGCUGCGGACAGAGAACAACUACUGCCCUCACUAUGAGAAGGUGAGCGGGGACUAUGGCCACCCAGUCUACAUUGUCCAGGAGAUGCCUCCGCAGAGCCCCGCCAACAUCUACUACAAAGUCUGACACGCUUCGCACAAACCGGCGGCGGCACGGUCAGGAGAGAGAGAGAGAGAGAGAGAGAGGAAAAACGGAAAAGAAGAGGAGCGCUUGAUUUAUGUUCUUGGGAAGGACACUUCCUUUUUGCAUCUUGGGGGACUUGAUGCCUCUUUCGAGCCCGUGUUAUUUCUACCACCUGCUGCACAAAUCUGGAGAAACACACGCACUGACCAGUGACCAGCGGGGUUAUGAGCUGACUGACGAGAGAGGUUUAUUCUGUUUGUUUGGGUUGUCUGACAAUCCCCACCCUUCCUCCUUACCUCCCCCCACACCCUCUUCCUCCUCACCCCACCUCCUAGUUUCCUCCACCACCCCCCCGCUGUGCUCUGACGGUGGGAGGCGGAGCUCGAGCAAACCAACAGAUGGAACUUCGAGCUUCGUGGUUCGCUGUCCCUUUUUUUUUUUUUUUUUAAAAGAACGGACAGGAUAUAACUUAUCUCAGUUCCCUGAAGUACAGUCUGUGCUACACCCAAUUAAACACCACCAUCCUAGCACACUAGCCAGGAACAGGCAGACGCAGGCCCGAACGCCACUCAGCCUGCAGUUUGUGUGCCGGGUGACAAAAAGAGAAAAAAAAAGAAGAAAAAAAUCAGUGUGUGUGUGCGUGCGCGUCCGUGUGUGUGUUGGUCGGGGGCUCCGAGCUGGGCCGGGAAACUCUCCAGAUAGCUCAGGUAUCAGACACAGUGUGUGAAAAUAAUGUGUUCCUCUCCCUUCGCACCUCUGAUGUUUGCCUUACUUACUAUUUUUGAUGGAGGAUUUCCUUGAACCCUGAUUCAGUUCACAAAGCAGUUGUAUUUUGUUAGACUUUUCCUACAAGUGCACAAUGUAUAGAGUUGAAAUAGAUCAUCAUUAUCGCUCCAUC